UCAGCUCAGUCCUUCGCCGAUGACAUGUUUCACCAAUUUAUUUCUACGUGUCGAUAUACCUAGUUUCGACGGGCAACACGCUUCCAUCGUUGAAUAUCUCUUUGGUCGUCAUUAUCCGGCUAAUUUAGCUAGUUCAACUUUGCUAAGUAACGUUAUCAUUCUUCAAACCGCGCUGCUAAGGUUGAGCCUGACGGAGGAUGCUGGAGUCAAUAAAAGUAACAGAAAAACUUCACUGGCCAGAAGUAGAAAUGUCCAAAAAGUACAUUUUAAACUCUACUGACAAGGUACUGAGUCCAAGCCAUGUAAACUUGGAUAAGAUGUCAUCAAGUGUCCUCAAAGACCUCUUCAGUACUGGCUCCAGCAGCUCAUGCAUACGGCUGCAGGCGGAGGAGGAAGAGUGGGAGAGCCCAGAACAGUCUCUGUACAAGAAGCCAAAAACAUUAGUGAAAUGUGCUGCCAUACUUUGUAAAAAGAACCAUCCAGGCAUGGGUUUUAAAAAGGUGCAUGCUCAAGAAGGUAAACCUGCACAGACAAGAUGUGUCAUCUCAGGUUCCAACUCCAGUUUUUCUAAACCAACACGGAGUAUCGCAAUAGUGGGCAGCACUAUGAGCCUCAACCCUCGUACAGUCCAAAAACUCAGGAAGAUGUACCUCCCCAAUUCGCUUCGCACCAAACCUCGAUCACAGCAUAAAGCAGCUUUUGCGGGGGAAGUGGAACAUGCCAAGAAAAUCUGCAUCCUUACAGCAAUCAAGCCUUCUAAUGUGGAGAAAGAGAAGGUCAAGUUUUUUAAGUCUGACUUCAACUACAAUCCCCAGUUUGAGUACAGCAACCCCAUCUCUCCGCUUGUCUUGGCACGGCAUAAUAAUUCCUCAGAUCGCUUCCUGACACAGGCAGUCCACAUCAUGGAGCUUGCACUGCAGCGAUAUGGCAGCUAUGAGAAGUUUGAGCAAGUCACUGGGGGUAAUCUCCUCACCAAGAGUCGCAUCUGGCACAAUGUCAAGAAAUACAUGGAGAAGGAAGGCUGCGUGGGGGAAAUAGUUGUCCAGGUAACAGAUGACCUCCUGUCAAGAGCCUCCAUGACAGUCGUGAACAGCAGACCUACACUUACCAUCAACAUCUCCACUGCGCGGGAGCACUGGCUGGAGGGCAUGCUGAGGCAUGAGAUUGGCACACAUUAUUUCCGUGGAAUCAACAACUGCCACCAGCCGUGGAGCAGCAGUAUGGGAAGGAAAAAGCACAACUUGAAGCCCCUGAAUCCAACAGAGGAGGGCCUGGCCAGCACCCACAGUGUGCUGUUCAGGAAAGACCCCACUCUGUGGCGUGCUGCCCUUCUCUACUACACUGUCUACCAGGCCAGCCACAUGUCCUUCUCUAAGCUCUUCCAUAACCUGGGACGCUUCGUCCAGGACCCCAACACCCGUUGGGACUACUGUGUCAGGGCCAAGAGAGGCCAGACCGAUACAGCACAGCCAGGGUGCUUCAGUAAAGACCAGGUCUACCUUGAUGGCAUCCUGAAGAUCCUGAGAUACAGAGACAAGAUCAACUUCCCGCUUCUGAUGGCUCUAGGAAAGGUGUCAUUCGAAGAUCUGGACCGCCUGAAAGCAGUGGCUCAGAUGGAUAACAUCCGCAUCCCUCACUUCAUGCAGGACCAGGCGAGUAGAUCACUAGCCAGGAUGCCGGACGAACUUAACCCCCGCCCACAAGAUUUGAGGUCGGGAAGUUCGGUCUGGAGUUGCUCCGUUGGGGAGAAAUUAUGCCCGACCGGGCCAAUCAGAUUGUCAGGGCGGGCUUUAUACGAUGAUGGACAGAUGAUCAACGGUAACGUAAUCAACCACGUCAUCAAAGUGCUCUUGGGUUGAAUUCGUUUUCAACAAACAUGCCUGCCUCUGGAGAGCUGAGAUGUGUAGAUGCUGCAUUUGAGUCUGUUUUAGAAGACAUCGACAGCGCAUUCAUUUUGAAAGAGGAACAGAGAACGCGGAGGUGACGCCAAAGCACCGGGCUAAUCCCUAUCGCGCCGGCGCUUGGCUGUUCACACCUUAGAUGGUUCACACCGGACACUGAAGCGACGCUGAACCGCCAGGCAACGCUAAUAAUAUCACCCGUUGAUCCAGUAGUAUUCAAGCAUAUACUUACUUGUUGCUCCAACAUUAAGCAACAGCGUCCCAACAUUUGUCUUUCUUGGUGGAUCAUACAACUCACCCCCUCUCUCUCUUUUUAUCUUUAUCACUGCUUGUGUGGCUGUAGUGGAUGGCCAGAGGGGGACAUUUAAUAAUGUCAUUGGUAAAAUUACAACUCCUGGACAACAGAAGGGGAAUUCAAAGUAUGGGAUGCAUAUAUGAUAUAUAUAUAUCAUAUAAAAUAUGUCAUCAACAGUGUUGGUCAAGUUACUUCUAAAAAGUAAUUAGUUACAGUUACAAAUUACUUCUCCCAAAAAGUAAUUGAGUUAGUAACUCAGUUACCACAUUGUUAGAGUAAUUAGUUACUCAGCAAAGUAACUGUGGCAUUAUUUUUCAUGUUUUAUAACGCUGUUACGUUCUGUAACAUCUUUAACGUCAAAGAUGUUUAUAUUAACUGAUUGAAGAAUAAAAACUAUACCUCGCUCAACUGCAGGCAUUUUUGUUUGGGACGUUUUGUUUGGGGAUUAUAUUAUGGACCUGGGGGGGAAAUAUUGAUGUGUUGAAUGUGUGUAAAUAGCGUGUUUAUGUUUACGGGGCAGCCAUGGUUUGCGGGCUCGAGCACGGGGAUAUGUGGGUUGAUGUGGGUUUUGUUUAAAUACACUUAUAAUAAGCAACCUUUUUGUGUCGAAUUCGUUUAUAUUUAUAUUUAUUUAAUUAGGGGUUAGACCGAUAACAAGGUCAUCGGUCCAACCAGGGAUCUUUCGUUUAUAAUAACUUGGUCGGGCAGCGCGCAAGGUACACAGCUGGUCGAGUCCGCCCGUGUCCUUAAAAUUAAAAGCGUAGAGCAUUUCCCCUGGGGUUUGAACAGGGUGAUUUGUUACAACCGCACGCUUCAUUCAACCAAAUUGUAGUAACGCGCCACUUUACAUUAUCAAUAACGAUAACGGCGUUGUAACGAUGACAAAAGUAUUUAAUUAGAUUACUCCGUUACUGAAAAAGAACUCCGUUAGUAACGCCGUUAUACUUAAACGCCGUUACUCCCAACACUGGUCAUCAAUAUCGUUUAAAAUCAGUUUUCAGUGUGUUUCCUGGCGCAAAAAAUAGACUCGACUACGAAACAAUCUCUGCACGGCGCGAGGCAGCCUUGGUGCAGCACGGCGCUUCAGCCUCCGAUGUGACCCGCACAAAGGUUUAACAUGGAAGUGGAUGGGAGCCAGCUCUUAUUUAAGGCUUGGCGCUGCGCUUAAUCGCCUCUUUGGCGUCUCUUUGGCGUCGCUUCAGCGUCCGGUGUGAAAACGGCGUUUGUAAAUAACUCACAUUGCGUCGCUUAACAUACGUCACAUACUAUGUUGCUCUGAUUGGUUGUAGGUCUAAUUGAGACAAGAGGCAUUAUUUUUUCUGGUUCGGUUGAAACACGCCCCAUAAUCACAGCCCAUUGGAGCGGUAUCAGACUCACAUUCUGUCUAGAAUUGUUAGUAUGACAACGUCAGGCUAGUAGAUCACCCAAUCAUUAAAGUGGGUUGUGUUUAGGGAUGAAUGAAAUUCAGGAAUGUGAACAUUGUAUAGAUAACAUUGCAAAUACAAUACCUGUUUUACUUCAUUCAUACAAAAAAACUAAAACUUUUACUUUACUUUCUAUGAAAUUACCAGCCAACUAUGAUUCUUUCUCGACGGUUUCUGAUGCUCCAUUUGGUUUGUGUCAGUGGCCACAGUAGUAGUUUACAAACUAGUUUUUAUUUUAUAUAAAGACCCUAAAUAUGAGCUUAGCUGAUGCUGGGUUUCUGGGCUGGUUAAUCAUUUUUCAGAACUAGAUUGUAAGACAUGAUGUCUGAUGAUAA